GCAUGCAGGAAAUGAACAACAACCACAGAAGAAGAAACUCCCUCUUAGAAAGAAUUUCAAAUGAAUUGAAUGAAUGUGUUCGGAUGAUAGCUUGCUUUUUUCAAAUAUCCCAACUCAUCUGUUUUACGACAAUUGAAGAUUACUGUUUGGAGUGAUUAUGUCAGGGAUACCUCCAGAUACAUGGCAGCCGCCAAAAGUGUCUCUGGAAACGACGAUGGGGACGGUUGUGGUUGAACUGUACUGGAAUCAUGCACCAAACACCUGCAAGAAUUUUGCAGAGCUGGCCAGAAGAGGCUACUACAACAACACAAAGUUUCACCGAAUUAUCAAAGACUUCAUGGUGCAGGGAGGAGACCCUACAGGAACAGGUCGCGGUGGUGCCUCCAUAUUUGGCAAACAGUUUGAAGAUGAGCUACAUCCAGAACUGAAAUUCACAGGUGCUGGUAUUCUGGCGAUGGCCAAUGCAGGACCAGACACAAACGGAAGCCAGUUCUUCCUCACUCUUGGACCCACUCAGUGGUUAGAUGGAAAGCAUAGCAUCUUUGGAAGAGUUUUCCAGGGGAUGGGAGUCGUGAAUCGGAUUGGGAUGGUAGAAACAAACAGUCAAGAUCGGCCAGUCGAUGAUAUCAAAAUCAUCAGAGCCAAUGUACUCAGUUAAAAAAACAGAGAUAUUUUUGUUUACCCCCCCUCCUUUUUUUAAAAUAAAUGUUUGUUAAAUUUUUCAA